AUGCCGGUGAUUCUGUACAGACUGUUACGACCGGAUGAAGAUCCGAGUGAAGGCCUCUCCGCAAAAGACCCGUUUUCUGACGUCAGUGUAGAAGACCACGUGACUUAUGGAUCUGGAGGAUCUGAAUCACGAUUUAUUUCGUGUUGCAAGUCAUAUUCAGCAAUUGAACGAUUUGUUGCUAAAACGUGGACAUCCCCAAUAAGGAUUGUAGAAAUUGAUAUCGACGAAGAUGACCCAGACAUAAUUGAAAUCAUUGAUCUGACAGAUCCAGAAACUUUGGACGAGUACUUUGAAGAAGACAACUGGAAAGGGAGAAAUUAUGCAUCCUGGGCUGAAGAAGUUUUAAUUGUCGGCACAAUUUCUCCAGAUUGCAUAACAGAACUAGAACUCUAA